UCUCUACCACCAAAUUUUACGAGGAAGUAGGUCAACGAAGCGAGUUGUACCAGAUGCACUGAUGGUCGAAGUUAUAUUUUAGUGCGUUUUUUUUUUAUCUUCCACAUUUAAACCACUGACAAAAAGGCGAAAUAGAGUGGAUAGCCAACGUUAUCAUUAAGCUAACUGGAAUAGCCGAGUUAGCUUCUUCAGUUGUUAUCCGGGGCCAGGUGUGAACAAGAGGAAAAAACAUGUCGGGAGAACCAAUUGUCAUCACGCUGGAAACGGCCACGGGAGCUCCGAGCUCAUUCCCGGUGGUUCUGAAGAAAAUAAUGGAAAUGCCCCCGCCGAAUAUACUUGAAGGCGAUGAUGACACAGAGAAGCUGAGUCUUGGAGAUAAUGUGGACCUGGGUAGAGGAGGUAGUGAGAUGGGCCCCUCUGCCGCCCUUACCCCUGCUAUCUGGGACAAAACAAUUCCCUAUGAUGGCGAGAGUUUCCACCUGGAAUACAUGGACCUGGAAGAGUUCCUCAUGGAGAACGGCAUACCGACUUCACCCGAUGACGACACCAUAAAGACUGACACAGAAGGAAGUGCUGCCAAGACAGAGAAAGCAAAGACCACUCCUUCUGCACAGACCAAAGUUACCAAGUCAGCAAGUGUGACUCCAGUGGCCCUACUGCCCAUUCAGGAGUUGGACAAGUGUGAGGAAGAAGUGAUGAUCAUCACCAAAAGUGACUCUGAUAUUACCUGUGAAGUUAUUACAGAGGUGACGACCGGCAAAGACAGAGUGACGCCCGAGCCCAUCAUCCCAGAUGAGAUCGAGGUCGACAUCAAUUACGAGCCAGAUCCUACAGACUUGGUCCUGUCGAGCGUUCCUGGUGGGGAACUUUUCGACCCACGCAAACACAAGUUCAGCGAGGAGGAGCUCAAGCCGCAGCCCAUGAUUAAAAAGGCCAAGAAGGUGUUUGUGCCUGAAGAACAGAAGGAUGAGAAAUACUGGCAGAGGAGGAAGAAGAACAACGUGGCAGCCAAACGCUCACGAGACGCUCGCAGGUUAAAGGAGAACCAGAUCACAGUCCGAGCAGCUUUCCUGGAGCGCGAGAACACAGUGUUGCGGUCGGAGGUGGCAGAGCUACGCAAGGAAUGUGGCCGGUACAAGAACAUCGCAAUUCGCUACGAGGACAAAUUUGGACCACUUGCGGUGCCAGAUGAUGAAUAGACACCAGUUGAUUUAUUCAUUUAUUUUGUGUAAUGAAUAAAUAAAUCAAACCCAGUUGCUUGGGCAUGGGACGCUAGAAACGACGAGGAUGAAGAGGAGAAGAGCACGUUUGAGGGCAUGACAGACAUUGCAAUGGAGGUUUAACAGCAUGUCAAGAUACAAUUAUGUUUUUUUAUUAUUAACAUCUGAUAAUGUGAGUAUUCAAGUGCUUCUUUAGAUCACCUCGAGCAGGAGGUGUACUUUUAUCAUGUUUUGUACACUUGUGGCCGAAAGAGAUAAUUUUUUAUUUUGGACAAACUUGGAUUUUAAGUUUUUAAACUGUCAUAGGCAAUAUGGAAGUAGUCGAUGCAAUAGUUUAAUUACCAGGGUUUGCAGGUUUUCUGUCAAUAAAAUCUGACAAUAAUAUAUUUUAGUUUAUAAACUUAUUACAUAACAGAUAGCAUAAAGACCUGGGCUUUCCUUUGCCCUCUGAAACUUUUGACUGUGACAUUUCUUAUAACUUAAGCUUCUUCAGGGGAUUACAGUGACAUGGUUAAAAAAAAAUGUAAAAAUAAAAAAACAGCAUAGCCACGUUCACUUUUAUGUAAAAGCAUUCAUGACCUGUACAGAGUUAACUCUCUAAUCACCUGUUUAAAUGUCAAAUUAUCUGUCGCCCUUGUGCUGUGUUGUCAGCAGUUCGGACGUCUGCUUUUCUCUCGGCAGAAAGUCAGCGUGCACUCAUCCACUUAUGUCUGCACCUCAUGGAAGUUCAUGUGUAGAAUGGGGUGCAUGUAAUGUAAAUAAAUGUAGGCAAAAAAAUGAAGCUUUUUUUU